AUGGAAGAGGCACAGGCCCGGGGAGCCACCACGCGACGCCACUCGUCGGCGCCUUCGGCUUUGGGAGAGGUCCCGGGCGCAGCGGACCCCACAAAAGUCUUCUCUCCGGCCCUAGGGACCAGCACCGGCCCCGGGGGCGCCUCGGGGGGCCCGGCUUCAGCGGCGCGGCUCACGAAGAGGAGCAGCCCGGAGCCCCGCGAGCCCGGCCUCCGCACCCCCUACCCGCGCGCUUCCGCCUCCGCGGGCCCCGCGGCCCUCCAGCCCCAAGGGGCGGUGACAUCCGGCCCUGCGGACAAUCUCGCGGCCCCGGGGAGCACCUUGGUUCCUGGGGAAGGACCCAGGAUGCUGGCGGUCACUGUCCAGAAUGUGUCUUCCCACCCCGCACCCUCGGCGACCCAGCCCCCCAGCCCUGUUGCGGCCUCUUGGGGGAGCCUCUCUGUCCCCCAGGAAGCAGCUGCGACUCUUCUGGCCUCCGCUUCGAACCCCACGCACGACUCCACCCGCGAUGCCCCAGCUACUCCCAGGAUAGCAGCACCCCCUGGGUCUGCCACAUCCAGCCGGGGCCUCGGCUCCCAGGCUCCAGGGAGCUCUCCGGGGACCAAAGAAAGCAUUUCGGACGCAUUUGGCUCAGGCAGCCCAGCUGUGCCCCAAAGGACAACUGCACCCCCUGACUCUGCAGCCCUGAGCCAAAACACCCGCCCGGAGGCAGCUGGGAGCUCGCCAGAGACCCAAACAGCUGUGACCAGUGUAGGGAGUGGCACUGAUAGAAGAGAUACAGCUGCUGCCACAGAGGCCCAACAUCUGAGUUCAGAAUCUAAAAAUACAUCAGCACAAAAAUCAGGGCACCCUUUUGGAAUCCUGAAAGCAGACUUUACCAUCUCAACUCUGAUGGACCCAGAAGAGAUGAAAGACCAAUUUCUGAGACAGAUCCAGGAAGUCUUAAAGCUUACAUUAGGUCACGAACAAUUCAGACUGAAAUGGGUCAGCUUCGAAGUGAACAAAAAGUAGCACAGUUCUAUGGAUAUGCAGUUUCCCUUUCAUGAAAUCUUCUCUGGAUUUUGAGUAAAUUUUAAUUUUGUAAUCCCUAGUAGAACAAGAUUAGGAAGAACUCGAGAUGUGCCAAAAAGCAUAGAACUACAACUAACACAAAAUAAGACUACACGUGAAACCUGCAUUCCUGGAUUUUACAGAAUGAAACAGGGAUGCAGGAGAAGAUGGUUGUAUUUGGGAAAAAUAAUCUUGGGAAUGACAAAUGAACUUCUAUUAAGAAUUUAAAAUAAAAAACCUGAACCAAACACCAAAAAUCCUGAAAACAAACUCCAUUAAUCUAACUGGAAAAUUACAAGAGGAUGGUAGCGGUCUAGGAAGCUACGUGGGGCUACACUUCCUAAUAAACCAAAGGAAACUUUCUUUACCUGUCACAAGUUAUUAAAGAGAUUUCAAAUUCUGCAGAAUUUGAAAGUAACAAUUUUAUCACAAUACAUGUUAAUGCUAGUUAUUUUUCCUAAAUUGAAAUCUUACUACAUGGAAGUUGGAAAAUUCUAAGACAGACUGUUCUUAAUGUUAAAAUGUAUUUUCAGAAUAAUAUUCUGGCAUACAUUUCCUUUCUUGUUUUUCUCCAAGUGUCCUAGUCACCCAGGUGCAUGCUAGAAGACAGCAAUAUGUCAAAUAUAGUAGCAACUUUAGUCUGAAAUG